AUGAGGAGGAAAUUAGAGAAGGAAUUCUUCGAGCUUAAACAGGGCGGAAUGACUGUGAAUGAGUAUGAAACUCAAUUUAAUCAAAGAGAAAGGUUUGCUACAGAGUAUAUCCCAACUGAAGACGAGAAAAUUCAGUUAUUCAUGGAGAGACUACGACACGAAAUCCACGAUUUCAUUGUCAAUCUGGAUAUUCUGUCAUUUGAUAAAGUCGUUGAUUAUGCUCGAAGACGCGAGUAUGACUUAGAAAUACGUGGUUCCACUCUUACUAUUCCAAAGCAUCCACGUACUGAAAGAACUGUUCUUGUUCCCUCUAUCCCACCAGCUCAAUUUGUUCGAUCUGAACCUAACAAAAGGAAUCAUUCUGGCCAAUGCAAAACAGACAAGGAAUCUGUUGUCUAUUAUGGAUGUGGAGAAACGGGUCACAUAAAGCCAGCUUGCCCAAGGAAGGAUGUUACUUGCUAUGCAUGUAGUAAUACUGGCCACAAGAAGCGUUUCUGCCCUACUCUUACUAGCCAAGUGACGGGAAGUCAAGAUUCUGUUAACAACCAAAGAAUACUCCAACUAAAAAGGAGGAGGGAUUUUGUUGUAGAAAUUGAAGGCUAUAAUUUUCUUGCUAAUCUGAUUCCUAACACCUUGCCCAACUUCGAUAUUAUUCUCUGCAUGGAUUGGUUAUCUAAGAACCACACAGAACUCUUUUGUUACAAAAAGAUGGUAUACAUUCCUAUUGAAGGGGGAGAUCCUAUUUAUGUCUACGGUGAACAAAGAAUCUUAAAAAUUAUCUCUUUCCUCAAAGCUCGUAAAUUUAUAUCAAAGGGGUGCCCUAUCUAUCCUAAUGUUUUCCCCGAUGAUUUUCCUGGACUUACUCCGGAUAGGCAAGUAGAAUUCCGAAUUGACCUUGUGCCUGGUGCUGCUCCGAUUGCAAAGAAUCCUUAUCGACUUGCGUCUACUGAGAAGAAGGAAAUCAUGAUGCAACUAUAG